AUGGCCAAAACCCAAAAGAACAAGGCGACGUCGUUCCAUUUGGGUCAGCUCAAGGCCAAGUUGGCCAAGCUCAAGCGCGAGCUCUUGACUCCCACAGGCGGAGGUGGCGGUGGUGCCGGUGCUGGCUUCGAUGUGGCCAGGACGGGUGUCGCCAGUAUUGGCUUCAUCGGCUUCCCCUCAGUGGGCAAGAGUACGCUCAUGAGCCAUCUGACGGGGCAGCACUCGGAGGCUGCCGCGUACGAAUUCACCACCCUGACAUCUGUGCCUGGUCAAGUUGUCUAUAACGGUGCCCCCUUGCAGAUGAUUGACCUUCCCGGUAUUAUUGAGGGUGCCAAGGAUGGUCGCGGUAGAGGUCGACAGGUUAUCGCGGUCGCGAAGACGUGCCAUCUGAUCUUCAUUGUGCUCGACGUGAAUAAGCCUCUGACGGAUAAGCGGGUGAUCGAGUCGGAACUCGAGGGUUUCGGAAUCCGCAUCAACAAGUCACCCCCCAACAUCACUUUCAGGAAGAAGGACAAGGGUGGCCUCAAUAUCACCAGCACAGUACCCCUGACCCAUAUCGACCAUGGCGAGAUCAAGGCCGUAAUGAGCGAAUACCGCAUCAACUCUGCGGAUAUCACUAUCCGAUGCGACGCUACUGUGGAUGACCUGAUUGACGUUCUCGAGGCAAAAAGCCGAAGUUACAUUCCCGUGGUGUACUGCCUAAACAAGAUCGAUUCAAUCAGCAUUGAGGAGCUUGAUCUCCUCUAUCGAAUCCCCAAUGCGGUUCCUAUCAGCUCUGAGCACGGAUGGAACAUUGACGAGUUGAUGGAACUCAUGUGGGAGAAGCUUAACCUUGUCCGAGUAUACACAAAGCCCAAGGGCAAGCAGCCUGAUUACUCUCAGCCUGUCGUGCUCCGAUCCACGCGCUGCACUGUUGAAGAUUUCUGUAACGCCAUUCACCGAAGUAUCACGGAGGUUUUCAAGACAGCUAUCGUGUAUGGCAAGUCUGUCAAGCAUCAGCCUCAACGCGUUGGCUUGUCUCAUGAACUAUGUGACGAGGAUGUUGUAACCAUUGUCAAGCGAUGA